GUGGGGGGCAGGAGGGGCGGGUAAGGGCUGAGGCGCCCGGCGGCGAGCGGGGAGGCCGGAGCCAGCUGACCGACGGGACGCUGUAGGAUGCUCCGCGAUGUCCUAGGGAAAACCUUCCGCUUUCUGGGCUACACUGUGCAGUAUGGCUGCAUAGCACACUGUGCCUUUGAGUACCUUGGAGGAAUUGUUGUGUGUUCUGGACCUUCAAUGGAACCAACCAUUCAAAAUUCUGAUGUUGUGUUCUCGGAGAACCUGAGCCGCCACUUUUAUUGCAUCCGAAAAGGAGAUAUUGUAAUUGUGAAAAGCCCAAGUGACCCCAAAUCAAAUAUCUGUAAAAGAGUAAUUGGCUUGGAAGGGGAUAAAGUCUGCACAAGCAACCCUUCAGAUUUCCUUAAGAGUCACAGCUAUGUGCCUAAAGGACAUGUUUGGUUAGAAGGUGAUAAUCUCAGGAAUUCUACAGAUUCCAGGUGCUACGGACCCGUUCCUUACGGACUGAUAAGAGGACGCAUUUGUCUUAAGUGCCACUCCAAGAGGCAAGUUCAUUCCAUAAAGGGACCACUGAAAUCAAAGCAGCUGCAAAUUCAGUAAAAUCCCUGGGAGUCCCACUCUGACAGAGCUCAUGCUUCAUCCUGUCCUAGGUAGGAUAUCCUGUGCAUUCCCUGGAUUUAGGCUCCAUGUCAAAACUAGACCUGUAGUGUACUUUCAAAAGAGCUAGUUAGCCCCAUUUAUGCCCCGUCCAUCAGAUCAAAUCUAUCUAUGUAGGCCAAACCAAAGAGGGCAAGGAGCUGCUAAUUGGAAUAGCCAGUCUGAAUGAACAAGUCACAGUCAACUUCUGUCAUAACUUUAAAGGACUUGGGAAUUACGACACAGUGGCAUGUCUUUGUUUCACAGAGGAAGGAUUUCCAUCCCGUUUCCAACCAUGAGUAUUUUUUUCUCAAGUUCUCCCUGCAGGCAGAGUACAUAAAACACCAUUUUCAUUCGAACUCUACCACUAAGAUUACUGUGAUGAAUUUGAAGCUGACUUGUCAAAGCAGCAUUUAAAGCAAAUUUGAUUACUUACACUAAAAGAAAGUCAAGUUGCAAUAGGUGUGAUUUGAGUUGCCUGAAAGGAGAUUUGUGCUGUAGUGAAUGGCCCAACAAACUUCCUUCUCCAGGCCUUUACUCAGAUCAGCUUAGAUUUGUAAUAUGGGAUAUUUCUAUUUCCUUUUACUUCUGUUUGCCUUCGAGGCCAAACAAAGACUUGACACCCAGCCUGCAGCCAGCACAGGCCCUCUGGACAGCCUUGGAUUCCAUGGCUUUGCUUCUAACCAAGAUCACAAAUAUCCUUCUGUUGCUGGUUUGUAUCUCUGUAGAUUUGUGUGGACCUUAAAAUAGCUCCCUGGCUGAUCUGCACAGAGAGAAGGUGUUACCUCUGUGGUUUUGUGUAUCAGCAGAUGUUCCUCGUGCUCUUCCCUCCCUGCACAUGCCAACCCACGGGUAUUCUUUAAGGUACUUGCACAGAGGAGCUUUGAGCCUUUUGCUGAUCCACAGAACUUGAGGUCCUGAGUGUGACUCACACCCUUCUGCCUUCCCCAGGGCCCAGGCCCAGUCCAGCUCAGCACAGUGCUGCAAGGGGCCUGUCAGAGGCAGCUUCCAGCAGUGCCCAGCCCCAGGCAGCAGGAAUGAUGCUGUGUCCUGCCAUUCCCAUCCUUAACUCUCUCUCUGCCCCUUCUGUCAUGGUCUUCAGUGCUGGGGAUGAAUCAUAGGGUUAGAAAUAAUUGAACCUUGGCACUGUGCUUCCUCUUUGAAAGGAGAAAAUUCCUUCUUCACUCCACACAGAAAGCAGCAAAGAGUCCUUCUGUGCUGGGGCUGUUCCAUUAACUCAGUCACAGAGUAGGUGGCUGUUCCUGGACAGUGACUGUGUACCUUCCUCAAGAUCAAAUUCUAAGGAAAAAUGAGCAAGAUAAGACUGACAGAUGCUGUGGGAACAAGGUAGUGCAUCAUCCUUCUCUGUCUAGGCCCCUUCACCUUGGGCAGGGGCUGUGAAAUUUUUAUGGGAUUAGAGCCACAGAGGGCAUUCAUUCUUCAGCAGCAUCUUUCCCUUCUUCCUGCUGAUCCCCUCGUGCCAUCUUUGAAAGGGGGUGUGAAGAGACACAGGCAGUCAAGGGAGACAAAGGACAAAGUGUAAAAGAAUGUCCUUGGUUUCCUAUUACUUUUUUUUGCAUCCAAGACCAUCCUACAUGUAAUUAGUGAAUGUCCAGAGCCAGGUACUCCUGGGAGCCCUCAGUAUUAUGAACAACUAGAUGGUUUUUUUGUAGAGAAGUUGUUUUGUUGUUGGUCAGCAUCAUUCUCUGACACUUGUGCUUGGCCAUGAGUUGUGCUCUUUGGUAAAUAACUGUCCCCUUCUCAGAGGAGGCCCUUGGUCAAGAGCCCUGAUGGUGGCAAGGCCUCCACCCCUUUAUACCUCUUUGCAUGGUAUAAACUUGCCUAUAGAUAUUUUUUUCCCAAUAUUUGGUGUUUGCAGUUCAAAGGCUCAUCUUGAAAAUACAAAUGUCCACCUCACAACCAGGAGGACCCUGUGCACGGUGUUCUUUUGUCACCCAGAUGGAUCAAAGAAUAUAUACCUUGUCUUUUAAGUCAUCAAGAAGUUUACAAGCUAGAAAACUUUGAAUUUGAAAGAUAUUUUUUAGGAACAUAUUUAUUUCCAAGGCUGAAAACAGCAAUGAAAUUUGUGAGGCUCUCCAUAGCAAAGCAUGCCCUGUAUAAAUGAGUGUUGUGUCUGGCCACUCUGGAAUGAUUCCCUGUGAAAUACAGUAUUUAUUACUCCCCAUAAGAGAAACAUACGGGUGAGGAAAGUUCUUUACUCUGUCAACCAAAGAGAUGAAAAAGUAUGCUGUUAAUGAAACAAUAACAACAAUAACAAAUGAAAACACUGAACUUUGGAGCUGUGAUUAAAAUCUCUUGUAUUUUAUUUUACAGCUUUGGCCUCUGAAUGACUUUGGAUUUCUCCGUGCAAGCCCCAACGGCCACAGAUUUCUUGACGAUUAAAGGAUUUAAGUUACUCUU